AAGAGAGGGGAAAAGACAAGUCUCUCCCCGUUCGGCGCCAAAGAGAGCGCGACCGAGAGAUCGCCUGCGAACUCCCCAGUCUCAACUUCCUGCCACUGCAUCCCACCCCUUCAAAACUCGUUCGCCCUCCGCCUCCAUUGAUUCUCCGCUGGACCACACCAAAUUCGUUCGACCCAUAUUUCGUUCGACGGAAGAAAUUCUCCUGGGGGAAAACCAAGUUGCCGAAAUUUCUCCGUCGCGGAACGAUCCAGGUUCUCGUCUCUCUGGCUCAGCGGUUGGCUCCGGAGUCACAUCCCAUGGAGACUGCUGAGAAAGCUGACGAACCCAUCUCCACCGUAAGCUUUGAUAUUGCCGUGUCAGAUUUCUUCGUGUUUCGGUUCUUUUGGGGGUGAUUGGGGUAAGUCGAGAAUACAUGUUGCUGAGGCCAAUUCGCUCGAACACGGAUUAUAUGCCUAUCGAGCUCAAGUGAUUCGUUCAAUUGGGAAGAUUGGAUUUUUCUUUUUCUGCUGGGUCUUGCAUCAUUGCGACAAAAUGAGUGAUGAUUUCUGUUCCGUUGGAACAGCGGUGGUAUGUGAAGCGUUUGCUCGGCUGUUGAGACGUGUUAUUCAUUCUUCAUGACUUGGAGAAAAUCUUAUUGAGCAGCUGCUGGAGGUGGGCAUUUAAUACGCCCUUCGAGACAAUAAGUUGCAUUGGAGCAAGACGGUUCUCAGAAGGUGGCUGGAACAGUCAACUGGGGUACAGCGACUCUUAUUGGAGUGUUUGCUGGCAUGUUAUAUGGAGGUAGCAAGGAGGCAGCUGCUUCUGUUAGCAAGGAUGCGGAAGUGAUGCUAAAACUUGGGAGCACACCCGACAAGCGUGAGCAGUAUCGACUAAUGAGGGAUGCGAUGGAGAAAAGGUUCAUUCGAGUUACACGUGGCUCCAUCAUUGGUGGAGUACGCCUCGGGAUGUUUACUGCUGCAUUUUGUGGUCUGCAAAAUCUGCUAGCUGAGAAACGAGGAGUUCAUGAUGUUUUUAACAUAGCUGGAGCUGGUUCGGCCACUGCUGCAACCUUUGGUUUGAUCUUACCAGGAUCACUAAAGUGGCGUGCAAGGAAUGUUGCUCUUGGUGCAGCUCUUGGAGCUGCAGUUUGCUUUCCUCUUGGUUGGCUCCAUUUGAAGCUAGUGGAUAAAGCAAAUGAAGGGAGUUUGUCUGCUUCCGGUGAUAUGGAUCAAAGGGGAGGGGCAAGGAGUGGUGUCGGCGCUGCAAUUGAGAGGCUUGAAGAGAACCUGAGCAAAUAAACUACCACCGCCCGAGUUUGCCAAUAGCCUCUUUCCGAGCCUUGUUGUUUGUGAUCCCUCGUUCAGAAGAUGGCCAGGCCCGAAAAAGAGAACUGAAUAAUA